ACCUACGCACAGUUCGGAUCCGACCACUCCACGUCUCCACCCGGCCGAGCUCAACCUCCGCGCCGCACCGGACGGUCGCACCCGCGUCUCCCACCUCCCCGGCGGCGGCUCCCCUCAUCUCCGCCGGUCGCCUCCUCCAAGCCUCCGCGACGCGCACGGCAGAGAUGUACCGCAUCGCCGGGAGCCACUUGCGCUCUCUCAAGAGAUACAGUUAUAGUAGGUUUGCUAGUACAAGUGUUGUGAAGCAGUCUUCAGGUGGUUUGUUUAGCUGGCUUCUUGGGGAGAAGUCAAGCCAAUUGCCUCCUCUUGAUGUCCCUCUCCCGGGUAUUACCCUUCCUCCACCACUGCCAGACUUUGUUGAACCGUCUAAGACAAAAGUCACCACUCUCCCGAAUGGCAUCAAGAUUGCUUCAGAAACGUCAGUGGACUUAUCUGCAGAGUCCAGCAGCAUCUGUGGGACUGUAUAUUGACUGUGGUUCAAUAUAUGAAACACCUGCUUCAUCUGGAGCAUCACAUCUGUUGGAGAGAAUGGCGUUCAAGAGCACUACAAACAGGAGUCAUUUGCGGCUAGUACGUGAAGUAGAAGCCAUUGGAGGGAAUGUCUCUGCAUCAGCCUCUCGUGAACAAAUGUGCUAUACCUAUGAUGCAUUCAAGGCCUAUGUACCUGAGAUGGUUGAAGUGCUUAUUGAUAGUGUGAGGAACCCAGCCUUUUUUAACUGGGAGAUUAAAGAGCAGCUGGAGAAGAUCAAGGCUGAAAUAGCUGAAGUUUCUGAUAAUCCUCAAGGUUUACUUCUAGAGGCACUCCAUUCUGCUGGCUAUUCUGGGGCACUGGCGAAGCCCCUAAUGGCACCUCAGUCCGCUAUUCAUAGGUUGGACAGUAGUAUCCUUGAGGAAUUCAUUGCUGAAAAUUACACAGCACCUAGGAUGGUCCUUGCGGCAUCUGGAGUUGAACAUGAUGAACUAGUUUCAAUUGCUGAGCCACUUCUGUCGGAUCUUCCCAGUGUGAAGCGUCCAGAAGAGCCAAAAUCAGUUUAUGUGGGAGGAGACUAUCGUUGUCAAGCGGACUCUGACAAGACACAUAUUGCUCUUGCUUUUGAAGUACCAGGUGGAUGGUUUGAAGAGAAAACUGCCAUCAUUGUUACUGUUCUUCAGAUGCUCAUGGGAGGAGGUGGUUCUUUCUCUGCUGGUGGUCCUGGGAAGGGCAUGCAUUCUCGAUUGUAUCUCCGGAUAUUAAACAACUACCAUCAGAUCGAGUCAUUCUCUGCAUUCAACAGUAUCUACAACCAUUCUGGUCUUUUUGGAAUUCAUGCAACAACUAGCCCAAAUUUUGCUUCCAAGGCUGUGGAUUUGGCAGCAGGAGAGCUUCUUGAGGUUGCAACUCCUGGAAAAGUUACACAAGAACAGCUUGAUCGAGCUAAACAGGCAACCAAGUCUGCAGUUUUGAUGAACUUGGAAUCCAGAGUCGUAGCAUCUGAAGACAUAGGGAGGCAGAUUUUGACGUAUGGGGAAAGGAAACCCAUUGAGCAUUUCUUGAAAGAUCUUGAAGCAAUCACCUUGAAUGACAUUUCUUCUACUGCCAAGAAGAUCAUUUCAUCACCCCUUACACUGGCAUCAUGGGGUGACGUUAUUCAUGUCCCGAGCUAUGAAUCUGUUAGCCAGAAGUUUUUCUCAAAGUAAGCAAGCCUAUCGCAUGGCUUGCCCCCGACUUCUAAAGUUGCAGACGUGUAACUCUACUGGUCCUUGGCCCUAACCGCUGGAAUUCACAAUAAUAAAUUGUCUAGACUUAUUUUUCUUAGAUAUUUUAAUUUUAAGCAAAUAAUAGUUACUCAAACGGCGAUGAUGCUGACUGUCCUUUUUAUUCUUUUCCUUUAUUAUAUUGAUCCAUAAUUUUGCGUCAGGCUGGAACUAUUUUUAGUUCCGCGGUGGUGUUGUUGUUUUUUGUUUUGUUUUUUUUUUGUCGUGCUGAGCUUAGCACAGCUGAGCUGUUGCGUAUGUGUCGUGACUUCAAGUCUAUGCAUGCUGAAAUCGUCUUGAUGAUUUUUCCAUUCAUGGUGA